UGUAACUUCAGUAAUGUUGCUGUUUGUUUCUGCUCUGUCAUGUUUCUACAUGUUCACUUCUUAUUUCAGCACAAACUGUGGAUGACUGCUGUUUAAACAUGGAUCAAUAUGAUUAUUAGCUUAUUGAUUGACUGCAAUCAGUCAAUAUUUCUCUGAGAUUAUUGAUGGACUUGAGUCAGUUUGAUGAGCUGCUGAUGUUUCUUUGUUGUUUUGUCUUUCUGACUUUGGGUUUGUGGGUGAGUCUCUGCAGCUCCAUGACUCCAUCUGCUGGACUGAUAGUAGAAGUGCAGCAGCUGAUCUUCUCCAGGAGGAUCUGAGUGGAUGAAUGAUGUUUGUUUCCUGUGCAGGUGAAGGUAGAAAGUGUGUGUGAGCUGCUGUGAGUUGAGCAUCAUGGAUGAGUGUGAGGACAGAGAGGAGGGAGUCCCUCCCUCUAAAAGCUCUCUGUGUGGGGAACAGGAGAACCAGAGCAAAGCUCAGAGGAAUCCACCUGGACCUAGAUCUGCAUCCAGCUGUGUGUCCUUCAAGAGUGACCGGUCUAAGGGUCUUUCUCUUUAUUUCAAAAGAGGACCACGUCCUGCUGCAGAGAGAGUGGAGCAGCAGAACUCAGAGGUUCCCAGAGCUCAGUCUGUCCAGCAGCAUCACCUGGACUCCAUAUUCAUGCUGCUGGAGGACAACAUGGUGACUUUUGUGAAGAAGGAGCUGAAGAAGAUGCAGAAGCUUGUGAGUCCAGAUUACCCAGAAUGCUCCUCAGAGAGUCAGAGGGAGGAUGAGGAGGAGUUGGAGGGUGAUGAUGAAGAUGAGAGGAGCAGCAGAGAGAUGUUUGAGCAGAUCACAGUGUUGUUCCUGAGGAGGAUGAAGCAGGAGAAGCUGGCUGACCGUCUGCAGAGCAAACUUGCUGCUGGAGUUUGUGGACGUGAACUUAAACGUGGUCUGAAGAAGAAGUUCCAGAGAGUGUUUGAGGGCAUCGCUAAAGCAGGACAGAAGACCCUCCUGAAUGAGAUCUACACAGAGCUGUACAUCACAGAGGGAGGGACUGCAGAGGUCAAUGAUGAACAUGAGGUCAGACAGAUUGAAGCAGCAUCCAGGAAAGCAGACAGAGCAGAAAGAAGCAUCAGAGCAGAAGACAUCUUUAGAGGCUCACCUGGAAGAGAUGGACCAAUCAGAACAGUGAUGACAAAGGGAGUGGCUGGCAUCGGGAAAACAGUGUUAACACAGAAGGUGACUCUGGACUGGGCUGAAGACAAAAGCAACCAGGAUAUCCACUUCAUGUUUCCAUUGACUUUCAGAGAGCUGAAUGUGGUGAAAGAGAGAAAGUUCAGCUUGAUGGAACUUGUUCAUCACUUCUUCAGAGAAACCAAAGCAGCAGGAAUCUGCAGCUUUGAACACUUUCAGGUUGUGUUGAUCUUUGACGGUCUGGAUGAGUGUCGCCUUCCUCUGGACUUCCACAACAAUGAGGUCCUGACUGAUGUUAGAGAGUCCACCUCAGUGGAUGUGCUGCUGACAAACCUGAUCAGGGGGAAUCUGCUUCCCUCUGCUCGCCUCUGGAUAACCACACGACCUGCAGCAGCCAAUCAGAUCCCUCCUGACUGUGUGGACAUGGUGACGGAGGUCAGAGGGUUCACCGACCCACAGAAGGAGGAGUACUUCAGGAAGAGAUUCAGAGAUGAGGAGCAGGCCAGCAGCAUCAUCUCCCACAUGAAGAAGUCACGAAGCCUCCACAUCAUGUGCCACAUCCCAGUGUUCUGCUGGAUCACUGCUACAGUUCUGGAGGAGCUGCUGAGAAGCAGAGAGGGAGGAGAUCUGCCCAGAACCCUGACUGAGAUGUUCAUCCACCACCUGGUGGUUCAGGCCAAAGUCAAGAAGGUCAAGUAUGAUGGAGGAGCUGAGACAGAUCCACACUGGAGUCCAGACAGCAGGAGGAUGAUUGAGUCUCUGGGAAAACUGGCUUUUGAUCAGCUGCAGAAAGGAAACCUGAUCUUCUAUGAGUCCGACCUGACAGAGUGUGGCAUCGAUAUGAGAGCAGCCUCAGUGUACUCAGGAGUGUUCACACAGAUCUUUAAAGAGGAGAGAGGGCUGUACCAGGACAAGGUGUUCUGCUUCGUCCAUCUGAGCGUUCAUGAGUUUCUGGCUGCUCUUUAUGUCCAUCAGACCUUCAUCGACUCUGAAAUCAACUUGCUGGAAGAACUACAACAAACAACCUUCAACAAACCUGAUCUAACAGGUUUCUACCAGAGAGCUGUGGACGAGGCCUUACAGAGUCCAAACGGACACCUGGACUUGUUCCUGCGCUUCCUCCUGGGUCUGUCACUGCCGACCAAUCAGAAUCUCCUACGAGGCCUGCUGACACAGACAGGAAGUAGCUCACAGACCAAUCAGGAAACAGUGGAGUACAUCAAGGAGAAGAUCAGUGAGAAUGUGUCUGCAGAGAGAAGCAUCAAUCUGUUCCACUGUCUGAAUGAACUGAACGAUGUUUCUCUAGUGGAGGAGAUCCAACAGUCCCUGAGAUCAGGACGUCUGUCCACAGAUGAACUGUCUCCUGCUCAGUGGUCAGCUCUGGGCUUCAUCUUACUGUCAUCAGAAGAACAUCUGGACGUGUUUGACCUGAAGAAAUACUCUGCUUCAGAGGAGGUUCUUCUGAGGCUGCUUCCAGUGGUCAAAGCCUCCAAGAAAGUUGUACUGAGUGGCUGUAAUCUGUCAGAGAGAAGCUGUGGAGCUCUGUCCUCAGUCCUCAGCUCCCAGUCCUCCAGUGUGACAGAGCUGGACCUGACUAACAACAACCUGCAGGAUUCAGGAGUGGAGAGUCUUUCUGCUGGACUGGAGAGUCCACACUGUAAACUGGAAGCUCUCAGGCUGUCAGGCUGUCUGGUCACAGAGGAAGGCUGUGCUUCUCUGGCCUCAGCUCUGAGCUUGAAGACCUCAAAUCUGAGAGAGCUGGACCUGAGCUACAACCAUCCAGGAGACUCAGGAGAGAAGAUGCUGAGAGCUAAAGUGGAAGAUCCACACUGUAGACUGGAAACACUGAGGUACAGACAGACAGACACUCUGAGGUACAGACAGACAGACACUCUGAGGUACAGACAGACAGACACUCUGAGGUACAGACAGACAGACACUCUGAGGUACAGACAGACAGACACUCUGAGGUACAGACAGACAGACACUCUCACUAAACUAUCAGCCUACCUCACAACAAAGAGUGGAAGCAGAAGAAUACUGUUAGCUCAGCUAUGCACCAUGACGGAAAGGAAGGGGAAACUGUUAGCCUAG